AGCUUUGUUCGAGAAAAGAAAAAGGUGGAAGGGCUAACCUGGAAAAGAGAAUGCAGUCGUGGUCCUCCUUGUUUAGUGGGAAAAGCAGUCGAUUGAACUAAUCAACCGUAAACAGAAAGAGAAACAGAAUGGGAAGAGAAGACGAAGAAGAAGAAUACCAACAAGAAAGGGAAACUGAUGAUGAAUCUUCAGCUUCAGAGGAAGAAUCAGAAUCGGAAGAGAAAUGGAGAAAGCACUACUCAUCCAGGCAUAGGAUAUUGUUGGUCGGAGAAGGAGACUUCUCCUUCUCUGUGUCUUUAGCCACACACUUCGGAUCAGCGCGCAACAUGGUCGCCACCUCUCUCGAUUCCCAGGAGAAGAUAUGUAGCAAGUACAGUAACGCAAUAGCGAAUGUGAGGGAGCUUGAAGAAAAGGGAUGCCUAGUGCUCUUCGGAGUUGACGCCAAGACCAUGAGUCAACACUACUUCCUCAGCACUCAGAGGUUCGACAGAAUUGUCUACAACUUCCCUCAUGUCGGCUUUCUCUUCCGGGAGGAAAGCUACUGCCAGAUCCAGUUGAACAAGAGAUUGGUCAAGGGUUUUCUCAGGAAUGCUAAACUUCUUUUGAAAAAAGAGGGAGGGGAGAUUCAUAUCUCUCACAAAGAAGGCCAUCCUUACGACAAAUGGGAUUUAGUGAAGAAAGCACGCAAGAUUGGAGGACUGGUUCUGACCCAAUCUGUGCCCUUCUGCAAGGAUGACUAUCCUGGAUAUGACAACAAGAGAGCCCACGGUACCUUUUCCGAUGCCUCUUUCCACCUUGGGGAUUGCACUACUUACAUGUUUAGCCUUGCUUAAUCUUUGUUUCCAUCACAUACUCUGUUACAAGUUUGCCCAGCUCUCUUUCAAAUCAACAAUCGUUUUUAGAGAUCGAAGACAAGGCUGGCUGCUUGAGGCAUCAGAGGAUAUAACAUGUAAUGUAAUAUAUGUAAAAACGCAGAAUCAUCAACUACUAUAUGUAGAUGGUCGAACGUGCUUUCUCUUAUUACUUGUCAAGAGUCGACUGAAUGUAUGCUUUGCUUGCUCAAUUAUCAAUACUAUGCAUAGUUGUUGCUACCUUCA